GAGUCAGACUGUAUACCAUAUCGAUAAAUCCGCUGUCACACUGUUUUCGACCAACAAGUUACGUUUCGCUCAUUUUGGAUUAGGAUAACGCGAUUUUUAAAUAAGAAUCGUAGGCAGCCCAGGAGCGACACCCAGCAGAGUUUUAAGCAUGGAUUUUGGUGAGCUGUUGCAUUUGGCCAAAAAAAAAACUGACGCAGUCACAAAAGAUAAGGGCAAGUACUACAGUACCAAGUAUGCACCGCCCAAGAAGGAGAGCAAGGCGAGCAAGGAGUUGUCGAGCAACAUCCAGAAGUUUCUAAAGAGGCGCGAGGCCGAGGAACAGGAGCGCAAACGAAAGGAACGCCAGAAACUCACCGAGCUGUUAGCCAAGCGCGACGAGAAAUCCAAGAACAAGAUACGAAAGAUGCUAAAAGUUACUAAGUCGGCCAACAAGUCGGUGCUCGAGGAUGCCAACGAGGGUGAUAAUGGUGGCCAGAACGGUGGUGACCAGGGCGAGGGCGAAGGCGAUGACUACGGCUAUGUGUCGACUGAGUCGAAUGCCUUCUAUCAGAAGUACAUUGAGAAAGUGCGCGAUGUCCAUGAGGACAAGGGAUUUGCACCAAGCCGUCCUCAGUCGGUACAAGAUCUCUCCGGUACGAAGGAGCGUGUCAAGGCAGCCAUCACCCGUGAGCGGGAGGAGGCCAUGUCCCAUACUCGGCCGCGAUCGUCAUCUGAUGCAAGAUCAUCUGGCGCUUCUGCUACGGCUUCCGGCUCCAAAAGCAAGAUCCGGGAGGCUCACGUGGCGCGAGCCUACAGCACUUGCAGAGACAUGGCCGUCUACAAUCCAGAAACGGAACGUCUUGAGGAGGAGCGGAAGAAGCGCGAGGCGGAGAGAAGCAGGGCCAAAGCCAAGCGACCUCCUCCUAUGGAUUUUCAGGCGGUCCUACGUCUGGCGGCGAAAGCGCAGCACGAACCGGUGGUUUACGUCCAGCCCGAAAAGAAGGAGCCAGAGCGUCUUUUGUCUGCUCGCGAGAAGCGCGAGAUGGAAGAGCGUCAACGACAGAGGGAGCAGCGUGCCGAAAGAGAUCGGGUGCGCGAAAGCGAACUAAAGGCCAAGGAUCAGAACAAAAAUGGUGGCAGUCGCAUGGAAACCACCGGACGCAUUCCCAAGCUCAGCAGCUUCGCAUCAAACAAACCCUCUUCUACGCCUCCUUUAAGCGAAUCCAAAGCAAAGCCAACUAGUGAUAAUGUCUUCAAGCGGCCGGCGCCGCGACCAGCUCCGCCUCCAGCUUCAGCCGCCAGCUCCAGCCGGCUCCCUGCAUCAGCUCAUAACUCUUUCACAAAACCUGACAGAAGUCGUCUUCCCGCCACUGCGACAAAGCCGUUGUUAGGCAAACCAAUUCUCAGUACCAGCUCUGGACCCAGUUCCGUCCGCGGACCCAGCGCCGUGCGUGGUCCCGUCGCCAGUGCAAGAAUCGUUCCAAUAAGGAUUCCCUAUGGAGCAGCCGGCAGAAAUGGACCAACGCGGGAAUUCUCGCCCGGAGAUCGUCCAGCCGGUGGUACUCCGGCAAGGACGCGCCAAUUUCCACCAGCGGAUGUCCAGAGAUCAGGCAGCAGGGCUAUGCCGUCUGGUCGUGGCAAACCCCAACAGAAGUCACCCACCAAAAGACGCAUAGACGAUGAGGAUGACGAUUACGAUUCCGAGUUGGAUGACUUCAUCGAUGAUGGCGAAUGCGAAGAGGACAUUUCCUCGCAUAUCCGCGACAUAUUUGGAUAUGACAAGCGGCGAUAUCGCGACCUCGACGAUGAUGAUAGCGAGAUGGAGUCGAGCUUUGCUCAGAUGCAGCGUGAGGAGUUCCUCAGUGGAAAAAUGGGAUUGCAGGAGGACUUGGAGGACAUGCGCAUGGAGGCGAUUCACAAGAAGCGAAAAAUUGCCAGACGAAAGGCCACCCGCAUCGAUGACUAAACCAGCGCCCAAUGUUAGCUCAAAUCUCAAUAUUAUGCGCCAUGGAUGUAUGGGAUGGGAUUGAUUUUUUGAUCCAUACAUUACCACACUUCCGCACAUCAAUGUAGUGCUGCUUAUCGAACGCAAAGGACGAUGCUAUAUUUGCUUGGUUAAUGUUCAGCCUGAAUCUACUUGAUCCCCCCACUUCACCACAGGUCCGCCGGUUUUUCUACACUGAAGUUUACCAAAUUCUUAAUUCUUGCGAAACGAUGCCACCUACGACCUAUCAAUGCUGAACCUAUUGUUGCGUUAUGCGUAAAAUUGAGUGUUAUUUUAGGGAAAUCUAAAAAAAAAACUGUGUGCACUAGUUCAGCACGUCAGCAUUUAAAUUUAUGUAUGUCUAUACGUAUACGUUUACAAAUCCAUUUGCAUUGCAUUUCAGAUAUUUCUGUACGUAUAUAUUUACAUAUGUGUACAUAAACAUAUAUUUAGCGUCGAUGCAUAUACAUACAUACGUAUAAAAUA